UCAUUUUACAGUCAGACCACAUUCAUCAUAUGAUAUAAGACAUCAGGUUUAUUUUAGGCAACGCCCCGAGGCUGCAGCAGACUCCAAACCCGACCUGUGCCCACCGCCAUCUCCUGACAACUCUCUGUAAUACCUAUACAUAUAUAUUAUAUAUACCUCUCUGUGUCGGUGUAACUGUAUAACCCCCUCCCCCAUUAUGGGAUAUUUCUGGACUCGGGAUCAUAUCUGAGCUCUCUCUCCUCCGCCGGAUCCUCCCUCCCUCCGAACAUCACUCAGUCCUCCUUCUUCUGUCCCGCAGGCUGGCGGAGCCCUGCACUGCACCCGCACUCUUCGAAGACUCAAGAUGGGCUCCCUGAUCCUAACCACCUGCCUCCUGUCCACCCUCGUCUCCAUGGGUUAUUCCAUCAAUUGUUUUGUCUGCAGAGCUGAAGGAGAAUUCUCCUGUAGUGGAGAAGAAAGGUCUUGUCCAAAGGACUAUGUGUGCGGCUCCACCAGCACUAUUACUAUCAUGGACGGGAUGCAAACAAAAACCUUUACCCGGUCUUGUGAAAGAAGAAAUGUGUGUGGAGUAGUUGGGACUAUCGGCUACCAACGGGGACAGGUGAAAAGAGCAACGUCCUGUUGUUACACAGAUUCCUGCUUUCCUUCUACCCCUGCAUUACCACUCGAUGAAGCUCGUAAGAAUGGACUGAGUUGUUCUAGCUGCACGGCCCACGAUUCAGACUGGUGUCUCACUAAAGAAAAAAUUGAAUGCACCGGACAAGAAAACAAGUGUAUUUUCAUGAGUCACGUCUACUCAGGAGCAAAAUACAGCAAAAAUGCUUUUCGCGGUUGUGGAACUAAAGCGAUUUGUGACCUUGGAAGCCAAAGCCAUAACUUUGGGGAUGUCAGUCUCCAAACAGAGAUAAGGUGUUCAAACCGGGGCCCCAAUCUUCAUUCCAGUUUUUUCAUUCUGCUUGUAACUUUUGCACUAUCAUCCAAAUUUAUUUUCUAGCCUGCUCCUCGUGGGCGGGGCUCUACAACUGUACAGUGUGCCGCUGUUACCGGAGAUCAUUUGACUUUGGCAGGUUGGGGCAGCGGAAGCACAACAUCUACUGGCAGUAUUAUUAUUAUUAGUAUUGUGUUUUUUUUUUUAACCUUAAGCACUUUAUUAUAUGCAUUUGGUAUGAAUGUGCUGUGCAUGAGGCAAGACUUCACUGCAGUUGCUGUUUACAUGUCUGCUACGGCCCUCUGCCUCCAAAAGUGUUGAUACCAUGAGGAAAAUAUUGUCCCAAUGAGCAUGUGAUUCCAAGGUACCGCUCACCUAUUACUAUAUUACAAUGCAUUCAGAUACUAUUCAGAUUUUAUGUUACUCUUAAUCCUAUUCUAAUACCCUAUUACUUUACCCUGUGCCCUAUAUUGCAAAAGCGGGGCUUCUGUUAGGGGUGACGUUAAUACAAAAAAGUCUAUAAUAAGGAAUAACGCUAAUCUAAAACCUAUAACCUAAUAACCCUAGGCUAUGUAUUCUAAAGCUACAGUAGAGCGCUCAUCUGUAUCCGGAAAAGAAACCUGUACUUCAUAAUGGGGUUGGCCUUAAUCCAACAUUGGGAGCGCCGGUACCAGGGACGGACUGGGAAUUAAAAAAAAAUACUAAAAGUGGCCCCGUUUUGUAGUCGGGUCCAAAUUGAUGGAAGGCAGGGCCUGCAAUACCAUAUUGUGGCACAUUAUACCUCCCCAACAGAGCCAAAUACCACAGUCCAUUACAAAAUACUGCCCCCCAGCAGAACAAAAUACAUCCCCAAAAACUUCCACCGGCCGGCUGUGAGAAGGACUCAGGUGGCCUCCUGGGCCCCGGCCCACCGGGGAAUUUCCCUGUAAGGUCUAUGGCCAAUCCACCCCAGGCCGGUGCCUUCUUAAAUAGCUGAUUGGUGGGUGUCAGACCCCUACCGAUAUGAUACUGUGUGUCGGGCCCCUACUGAUCUGAUACUGAUGACCUAUCCUCAGGAUAGGUCAUCAGUUAAAAAAUAUAGGAAAAUCCCUUUAAAUUGGUUCUUUGGGCAACGAAUAUUGAUGACCUAUCCUCAGGCUAGUGUAUGAAUAUCAGAUCGGUGGAGGUCUGACAACUGACAGGCUCGGUAUACUGUGUAGUUUCCAGUACCAACAUACUGCAGCUCGGCUCUCUUUCUGUUGUAUGGGAGCUGAGCUGCAGUACCCCAGCACAGCCACUAGGCAGCGUAUAGAGCUAUCUGCUUCCACAGCAUAGUUU